AAAGAAGCGUGUGUCGGAACAUAUAUACACUGAUAUACACGCCAUCACGCGCAAUGGCCGGAAUCAGCCGGAAUGGCCCGCAAGUGUUUUUACACAUUAUUCCAUAAUUAUCACUCACAAAAUUUUCCUUGUGAGAACGCAAUAUGUUAAACGUCACAUUUCUAACACGUGUAACAAAAAUACAGUUGUACUUACAUACAACAUUCAAGAGAAAUGAUAAAUCACGCGAGAUAACCUUUUCGUAUUGUGCACAUCAUGUUCGAAAGAGGCUGUCACACUCGUCUCCACCCGGUGGUCCCUGGAAUGUAUUGUUUUUCGGCACGGAUGGCUUUUCUGUGGAAAGCUUACGAAGAUUAUAUGACGAGUAUAGAGCCAAGAAACUCGACCGACUGGAAAUCGUAACGGUAUGUAGAACGGAAAAGAAUGCUGUCGUGCAGUAUGCGGAGGAGAAGGGAAUCAUUGUUAAUCAAUGGCCUCUCGAAAAGGAUCCAUCGGAUUUUCAUAUCGGGAUAGUUUCUUCCUUUGGCCAUCUGAUACCAUUAAAUAUUAUAAAUUCUUUCCCACUCGGUAUGUUAAACGUUCAUCUUAGUCUAUUGCCACGAUGGAGAGGAGCAGCUCCACACAUUUAUUCCAUAAUGAAGGGCGACACGCAGACGGGUGUUACAAUCAUGAAAGUGGCCGAAAAGUUUGAUACUGGAGAUAUAGUAACACAGGAAAAGAUAGAUAUUCAUGCAGAUGAAACUUCACCAGAAUUGGGAAUGAGGUUAGCAAAGCUGGGUGCGAAUGUUCUGAUCGACGUGAUAGGAAAGUUGCCACAAGUAUUAUCUUCCUCGAGGCCUCAGGGAAAGAUAGGUGUAACAUAUGCACCUAAAAUUACAUCAAAAACCUCUUUAGUGAAUUGGGACGAGAUGACGGCGAAGAAUGUUUAUGAUCUGCAGCGUGCUCUUCUAGGAUUGUACCCGUUAAAAACCAAGUUUGAUGACACGUAUAUAAAACUGCGGGAUGUCCGGCAGGUGUCGAAACCGGAAGGUAGAAGUGCGGACGUACCAGGUUUUGCGAGAUUUGAUUGGAAAGACAACGUAUUAGUUGUGACAUGUAAAGGACCAAGUUGGAUCUCAGUAGCGAGAGUAACUAUGGACGGUUAUAAAGUUAUGAGUGCAAAGGAUUUUAUGAAUGGAUUUGUACGAGGCAGAAAGAAAAACAGAAUAUUAUUUCAGAGUAAUAUUACAUAAUCUACAGCGCUGCUUCUGACUCCAACGCUGUUCUUUUGUAAACCUAUGACAAUUUCAUUUAGAUAAUGAACAUUAAAUUUUUAUUUACUACAAUAGUAAAAUUGUAACUUAGAAUGUACAAAAUGUAAUAUUGACGCAAUGACUGUCGUUAAAAUAAAAAGAAUAUAAAUUUAUCGUAUGUUAAUGUUUCUUUAAAUGUUGGAUAUGAUGAAAUUCCUUUCAUUAAUUUUUGAUAAUUUUGCCUUUGAAAUAGUAUCAUACAAUGAUCUCGUGCGAAAAUAUUCUUUUGUAUAUUCUUUUAUUUCUUGCUAUAAUAAUUUAUUUAAUAUCUUUUUCGUAGAAUUGCUAUAUAAAACUACAAAGCAGUACGAAAAAGUAAAAGAAAUAACGAGAAAUAAGUAGCGCGAACUAUGCUAAGAGUCAAAUAAAUCAGUUUUAAGUGGAAUUAUAAUAAAUUUUCAUAGAAUUCAUAAAAUUUUUCUUUCUAAAUUACAGCAAAUUUUCUCUCUUCUGUAUUCUCGUAUCUUACAAAAAAAAAAAACUGAAUAACACUGAGUGCCUUAUUUAUAUAAACGUAGAAUUGGAGCUGCAGAUAGAAAAUUGUUGAUAUUAAGUCUCAGUUUCAGAGGCCUGAAAUGAAAGAAAUAUUUUUACUAUAAAAAUCACUUUCUUUUAUUACAUUUAAUGUGCCAAUGAUGUAUAUCCACAUUGACAAUAUUAAGCGGAAGACACAAAAUGGAGUUCAGAAUGCUUCAAGACAUUAUUCUAGCUUGCUGCACAUCACAAAAUUACAAAAUAAAAAUAAAUAUAAUAAUUUAAUUUA